AUGAAGACGGUGAGGUGUCCAGCAGGAUGGACCUACUGGGACAACCACUGCUACUACUAUUCAGAUAAGCAAACCACCUGGGACUUAGCACACUCAGCUUGUAACGAAAACUUCGGCAGUGAACUUGUCUCUGUAAUAAGUAAAGAUGAAGAUGAUUACUUACAACAGGUACUUACUGCCCAGUCGAAAAAUAUAUGGCUUGGUCUACACGAUGACAAUAAUGGACAUAACUGGCACUGGGUGGAUGGCACUCCUGUGGGCUUCACCAACUGGUAUCCUGGGGAACCCAACAAUCAGGGUGGCAUCGAGCACUGUGGGGAGAAGAGGACAGUCGACUACAUAUACGCUGGCAAGUGGAAUGACAUGCCCUGCUCCAGUGAAAACUACUAUGUGUGCAAAAUUACUGUCACAACUUGCCCACAGACUUGGACACUACAUGAAGGGAAGUGCUAUUUUGCCAGUAACUACGAGAUAACAUGGCAUGAAGCUCGAGACAAAUGCCAAGAAUUCAAUACGAAGGCUGACCUCAUUAGCAUCCACUCCGAGGAGGACAACAACUUCUUUACAACCCAGUUAACACAAAGCAGUCCAGCCACAUGGCUUGGGCUGACUUACAAUUCAACAUACCAAAAAUGGAGUUGGAGUGAUAGCCAGGUCAACAACUAUACCAAUUGGAAUGGAGGAGAGCCCAAUAAUUUAUACAAUGAAUGGUGUACGGAGUGCAUUGACUAUCCUGGUGACAUGACUGAUGGCAAAUGGAACAACCUUGACUGUACUCAGUCAAGGGCUUUUGGCUGCGAGUUAUUUCCCACACACGUUGUUGGCUGUGAUGAUGGCUGGAUGGGUUUCGACAAGUACUGCUACUGGUAUAAUGACCCGGAUUAUGUUUACUUGUCUGCGACCUACAGUGAUGCAAGGUCAGACUGCCAGAGCAAGGGCGGUGACCUCGUCUCUAUACAUAGUGCAGAGGAGAAUGACUUUGUUGUUGCCCUGACGAGCCCUUAUGAUUCUACUUGGAUUGGCAUGACAAGUUCCAGUCAUGAAGGUAGUUUCCAGUGGACUGAUGAUACCUCUAUUACUUAUACUAACUGGGAGUUCUUAUACAAUAGUGUUUAA